AUGACUGCCCCCCAGAGCUUCGCUUUCUACCCAGACCCCGUUGACUGGACCCAAUCCGGAGCUUCCAUUGAGGAUGGCACUGGCCGGGAGGACAGCAACCCCGUCAUGAGAGGCUGGUCCCUCGUCAUUGGCGCUUCCCUCGUCUCCAAUCUUGGCUACCUCCAACGUACACUCUGGAACAAUGCCAAGUUCGGCACCGUGAGGCAGAUGCCUGAGCUCGAGAGCAAGAUCCCAGCUCGUCUUCAUCCCUGCGUCAUCCCCCUCGGCAACGGCGACAACGCCAACACCUCCCUCAUCCCCUUCCCACCCCACAUCCACACCCCCAGGGCCGCAGACCUCGUAGGCCGAUACCACUCAGCCGCAGACUACCACGCCGCCUACAAAGCCAAGACCGUCACGCCCCUCCAAGUCGCCGAGGCUCUCCUCGAGCGCAUCAAGCGAGGUGGCAGCCCGCAAAGCAAGUACGCCAACGCCUGGGUCGACAGCUACGGUCAGGAGGAGCGCACGCUCGCCGCCGCGCGGGCCUCGACUGAGAGGUACGCCGAGGGUCGCGAGCUGGGGCUCCUCGAUGGCGUGCCGUUCGGUGUCAAGGAUGACGUGGACGUUGAGGGGUAUGUGUCGCAUAUUGGGAUGAAGUAUGAUGCGAAUAAUCCGUUUUUUAAACCGAGCACGAAGACGGCUUGGCCGGUGCAGAAGAUGCUGGAGGCUGGUGCUGUGAUGGUGGGAAAGUUGGCUAUGCAUGAGCUUGGUGUCGAUGUUAGCGGCUGUAACUCUGCCUGGGGUACCCCCACUAAUUGGAUGAACACAACCUACUACCCAGGCGGCUCCUCCUCCGGUGCCGCCUCCGCCCUAUCCGCUGGCGUUGUCCCCAUCGCAAUCGGCACCGACGCCGGCGGCAGCUGCCGCGUCCCGCCCUCCUUCACAGGCCAAUACGGGCUCAAAGUUUCCCACCACCGAACAGGCCUAAUGGCCCACAGUAUGUGCGUAAUGUGUCCCAUGGCCUCCACCAUCGCCGACCUCACCGCCGCCUACCGCACCAUCGCCCAACCCAACCCAUCCUGCAACACGCAAGGCCGCUUCGCACCCUCGACCCCGCCCUCGCCGUCAGCCAAGAAGACCAUCGGCAUCUACCGCGCGUGGUUCGACAAAGCCGACGCCGAAGUCCUAGAGCACUGCAACGCCGCCAUCGAGUACUACGAAAAGAAACUAGGCUACGAAGUCGUCGACAUCACCCUCCCUUUCCUCCGCGAAACCCGCCUCGCCCACGGCGCCAUCUGCCUCACCGACGGCACAGCAGCGCACUACGCCCGCGCCCCGACCGUAUCCGCCGCACACGCCAUGCUCCAGCCCCAGACCCGCGUGCUCGUCGGCGUGGGCAGCCAGACGCCCGCCACGGAUUACAUCAAGUUCAACGAGCUGAGGGAGCUCCUCAUGCAGCACCUCGCCUUCUUGUUUGCGAAGUAUCCGGGCCUGCUCAUCGUUACGCCUACUACCCCCGUCGCUGGGUGGCCCAAGGAUCCAGCUAAUGAGGCGCAUGGCUUCUCGGAUGCUAAUAUGACUCUGAAGCAUAUGAUGUAUGUGUUCCUGGCGAACGUGACGGGUACGCCUGCUGUUACGGUGCCGGUUGGUUAUGUUGAGCCGAAGCAGGGGACUGGGAAGAUUCCGGUGAAUUUGAUGGCGUUGGGUGAGUGGGGCAGCGAAGAGCAGUUGCUUGCAUGGGCUGGUGAGGCAGAGAAGUAUCUUGACGAGGUUGUGGAGGGCGGUAGGAGGAGGCCGCGGGGUUGGCUCGAUGUUUUGGAGGUUGCCAAGGGUGAGAAGAAGGAUCAAUCCGAUUGA